UAGGUCUUCCUUUACCCGCAUGUCACUUCCUGUGUACUAUGUACAGACUUUUCUUCUUUGAACAAGAACAUGAAACUCAGUCCACAAUGAAAAAUAGUAUUUUUUUUUUUUUUUUGCUUGGAUCCCGCGCGGAAUGCGAACUCGACAUUUCUAUGUAAGGUUACGGCAUAGAGGGCUAAUUAUAGACUGUUUUUUCGUAUUGUGUAUGGACUGGACCCAUAUGGGCAUUGCUAAGCCAUCCGCCGAGGUAGACGCAUCUCCCUUUACUUCUCUUGCGGUAAAUUUGGUUUUCUUCGCAAAAGCGUUUAGUCUAACAUUUAAAUUGAGUCUAAGUAUGGCUAACAUUUCAAGACCACGAAGUCGAAAGCGAGCCAAGGGUGAAAUCUGCCACUUAGUUUCUCCUUCAUCAUCAACGUCGGUAUCAGGAAACAACGGCGAACAACCAUUGAAUUUGUGUGUUCGGGAUGAAUCUUUGCCAGUGUUGCUUCAUGGAACAAUUACAGAGGAACAAGUGAUCCGGAAUCCGACCAUUCGAAGACGGAAAAAACGCUCCGCUAUCUUUCUCCCUCCGGAGAAGCUCGCCGAUAACGACGUCUGUAUUUGUAAAUUUAAAUUUGUUGCUGGCCACACGCCACGAUUGCAAGAAAAGAAAAUUCUUUCCCUUGAUUCUGGCGGAAACUUUCGAUUCUUCCCCGAGUUACAGCACCAGCAAAAUCAAGAAAAACAACAUCUGCAACAACAACAGGAAAAACGGAAGCAAUUAGUCAUUUCUUCAGUUGCUGUCCAACAGCCGCCAAAUCAGCAAGUAAAGCCAAUCCCUGAUUUACUUCCAAUUGAUACUAUCCGACCAACAUGGUGUCCCCCACCUUCACCUACACCCAAUAGUCCUCCUCUACUUCUCGCAACAACACCACCUCCUUCUUCGUUAGGCGCCAAUCACAGCAACGGAAGAAGACUUUCACGACGUCAAAAGAUGGAGCAGACCUUUGGGGACAAAGGAUUUCUAAUCCAAACACAACACGUUCCAGCUACGGAAGGAUCUGCAUUCUGCAAGUUUCGUCAGCUGAAAAAGUUUACUCGUUAUUUGUAUCGAUCAUGGCGGCAUUAUCUACCAGAUGAAAACCCAACAGCUACUUCUCCUUCGAUUGACGAAUAGCUUUAUAAAGCAUCGUUAAACGAAGUAAAAAUUCGGUCGGCGGACGGGACUGAAUGCAUAUAGAUUUCGAAUGUGAAUCCCUUUUCUUACCUUAAGUCAUAUCACUGCCACAUGACAGAAACUGUGUGCUUCAUUCGGUUCGUAAACACUUCUGCAUCUGUGUAAUAUUACAAUUGAAUAUUUUUUGUUGUCAACAAAAUAAACACAGGGUGAUAUAUA